AUGAAAGCAGGCAUUGUUGGACUCCCCAAUGUGGGCAAAUCGACCCUCUUCAACGCGCUGACCAACGCGGGGGCGCUCGCCGCGAACUAUCCGUUCGCGACGAUUGAUCCAAACAUCGGAGUCGUCCCGAUCCCCGAUCCACGGUUGGGGAUCAUCCAACAGCAUAUCAAAACACAGAAGGUGAUCCCGGCAGUCCUCGAACUUGUGGAUAUCGCGGGAUUGGUUCGCGGCGCCUCAACCGGCGAAGGUAAGGGCAACGCAUUCCUCGGACACAUCAAAGAUGUUGACGCGAUCGUUCAGGUUGUCCGCUGCUUCGAAAAAGCACCAGGCGGCGAGGACAUCACCCAUGUCGAUGGAUCGGUCGAUCCGCUCCGCGAUAUCGAGACCAUCGAGCUCGAACUCAUCCUCGCGGAUAUCCAGACGCUCGAGAACGCGGAAGCGAAAGCAAAGCGCAACGCGCGAGGCGGAGAUAAAGACGCGAUCGCUCGCAUGAAAGUUAUCGAGCAGCUGAUGCCCAUCCUCGAAGCACAGAAACCGGCGCGUUCGCUCGAACUCUCCGAUCCUGAUCUUAUCAAAGCACGCAAGCAGCUCGCGCUCAUUACCAGCAAGCCGAUUCUGUACAUCGCGAAUGUCUCCGAUGAUGAUCCGAUGGGAGAAGGCGAACUCGCUCAGCGUGUCCGCAAGCACGCGGAGGAUGUCGGCGCUGAGAUGGUUCCAGUGUGUGCUCGAAUCGAGUCCGAACUCGCAGAGCUUGACGACGAGGACAAAGCGGAGAUGCUCGCGGAUAUGGGGAUGGACGAGCCCGCGCUCGGGAAGCUCGCUCGCGCCGCGUACAAGCUGCUCGGAUACCAGUCCUACUACACCGCCGGCGAAAAAGAAGUCCGCGCGUGGACGAUCCCGCAGGGAUGCAAAGCACCACAAGCCGCGGGUGUGAUUCAUACAGACUUUGAACGAGGGUUUAUUCGUGUUGAGUGUUACUCAGUCGAUGAUCUGGUGGAGUACAAAAGUGAGAAGGCGAUCAAGGAAGCCGGGAAACUCCGAGUCGAAGGCAAGGGCUAUGUGAUGCACGACGCGGAUGUCUGCAACUUCUUGUUUAAUGACAACACGACCAAUCCGGCGCACGCAAAGAUCGUCGCGACCUUGGGACCCGCGUCUGACAGUCCCGAGAUGCUUGACCGAUUGAUUGAGAUGGGUGUCUCGGUGUUUCGCCUGAACUUCUCCCACGGCGACCUCUCGGAUAUGGACGCACGCAUCAAAAAUGUCCGCGAAGCGUCGCUGCGAUCCGGACGAUGCAUCGCCGUGCUCGGUGAUCUUCAAGGACCCAAGAUGCGCGUAGGGAAGGUCCCUGAUCUCGACGAAGAUGGCGGGAUCGUGAUCAAAACUGGUGAUAGUGUCUAUUUCCGCAAGGAUCAAGGCGAAGCCGCGAUCAUUGACGGCAAAGCAACCUUCAGCGCCACCUUUGAUCCGCUCUACACCGAUGUGCUCCCGGGCCAACGCGUGCUGAUCAAUGACGGUGCGAUCCGUAUGCUUGCCGUCGAACACGAACAUGGCGAAUGGCUCAAGUGUAAAGUCACCGUCGGUGGUCGUGUCACGAGCAGCAAGGGGAUCAAUCUCCCUGAAUCCGACAUCAGUGUUCCAGCGAUCACUGAGCGUGACUGGGAGUGUGCUCGAUGGGCAGUGGACAACGGUGUUGACUACCUCGCACUCUCAUUUGUCCGUACAGCCGCAGAAGUCAUCGAGCUGACCGACAAACUCGAAGAAUGGUGCACCCCAGAUCUUCCUUGGGCCGAGCCUGAGAUCGGACUGCGAAUUCCAGUAGUAGUCAAGAUUGAGAAACCACAAGCCGUGGAGAACUUGGAUGCGAUCAUCGAAGCGACCGAUGCGGUGAUGGUCGCUCGCGGCGAUCUCGGCGUCGAGAUGGAUGUCGCGAAGGUCCCAGUCAUCCAGAAGCACAUCCUCGCGAAGUGCAACGAGCAAGGCAAACCAAGCAUCGUUGCGACACAGAUGCUCGAAUCGAUGAUUGAAUCACAGAGCCCAACGCGCGCCGAAGCGUCCGAUGUUGCCAACGCGGUCUUUGACGGCUGCGACGCCGUCAUGCUCUCAGGUGAAACCGCCGUAGGGAAGUUCCCCGAUGUCGUCGUCGAGACCAUGCAGCGGAUCAUCAAGGUCACUGAAGCACGCAUGGACGAGCUGGCGCACGCUCAGGGCGCUCUCGCGGAUUUGAAGGAAUACCCAUUCCGCAGCGCCGCGCUCGCACGAGGUGUUUGGCACAUGGCCGAGGAACUCGAUGCCAAGGCAGUCGUCGUCUGGUCCCAAGCGGGCGGAAUGGCGCGAUACCUCUCCCAGAACAACUUCCGCGUCCCGAUCUACGCGUACACCUCCUCAGCGAUCGGUUCUCGCCGCAUGGCGCUCUUCGGAGGGGUCACCCCAAUCCUCACGGACCCUCCAGGCAACGGCAAGCUCCGCACAUGGACGGACCAUGUCGAGGAAAUGCUCCUGGCGCGUGAGGUCGUCACGCAAGGCGAUCCUGUCCUCAUGGUCGCUGGUAAACCACUCGGAGCGAUCCUCGCGCAGAGCACCGUCGCGAUUCUGCGUGUCGGCGAUCUCGCGUCUGGAUUCCGAGUCGCUGAUGAAGCGGAAAUCCAAGCCGGCGCCGCGACGCUGUAG